AUGGCUUCAAAUCUCCCCAUCCCAGCCCCUCCGCGCACACCGACCCCUCCUCCAGAGGAUGCGGGAAUGACUUCAGGUGGCUCUUCAUAUGCCAGUCCGAUGCAGUCUGCUUUUGAUUUUAAUUCUCUCUCCCCAAUGGUUGACACCUUUGCCUCGGGAGAUCCUUCUCGGAACCCGCAUAAAAUAUCGGGCCAGGAUGCAACAAGCCCUUUUAAUUUUCGCCCGACUGCUCUUGCAAAAGGCCCAGUCGCCAAAUCGGGGGUCGGACAGCGGCGCGGACAUAAAUAUAAGCACAGCAGCAUAUCCCAUCAAUUUUUCCUAGAACCACCGCCCAGAGCACCGCUUGCUCUUCCCAAUUCACUGCCGAUUCCGACUCUAAAAGAAUGCCGUGGCAGUAUGUCCAGAGAGCAGAGGGUUCGAUUUUGGUGGAGUCUUUGUCAUAUAACGAUCGCUGGAUAUACACUCUGGAGUGCACACGGCUCUAUGGCGAUGACAGGGCUUUCUCAUCUUCUACUUUUCGACUCCUUGGGGGCGAUGCUCUGCGUGGCCGUCGAUGUGCUUGGAAAUUUUGAAGUUUGGAAACGAUCCACUGUCCGCCAUCCUUUCGGCCUUGAACGAGCAGAGGUAGUAGCUGGCUUUGCGCUGUCCGUUCUACUAUUUUUCAUGGGUGGGGAUCUUAUCUCGCAUGCCAUGACCCAUGUUCUAGAGGAGUCGGGCCCAGAGGCGCAUCGAUCUCAUUCGCACGAACGUGUUUCUUCUGGGAGUAUCGACAUUACGGCACUUCUUGCUAUUGCAGCCACUCUUAUUUCUGCGAUUGGUCUCAAAAACCACGCGAGAAUUGGCAAAGCAAUGCGUUUCGCAUAUAUUUCCUCCUUACCAUCUGUACUCAGCAAUCCAUCCCAUUUUCUCACCCUUUCUUGCUCUUUUCUCCUUAUCUUGCUUCCCCUUCUAUCAAUCACAAUCUAUGUUUGGAUGGACAGGGCCUUUGCACUGGUUGUUGCCAUUUCAAUGUGUGUUUUGGGGAUCCGUCUUGUGACCACUCUCGGAUCCAUGCUUUUGAUGUCAUAUUCUGGACCUGGAGUCUCCGCCGUGAUGCAAGAUAUUGUUUCCCAUCCAUCUGUCUCAGGAGUUGAAGAAGCGAAGUUCUGGCAAGUGCACUAUGGUCUCUGUAUGGCAAAUCUCAAACUGAGAGUCAUCGGAACAGAAGAUAGUUUGGUAAAACUGCGGGAACGUAUUACCAGUAUGGUCAAAGAGCGGCUUGGUGGUGGAUAUGGAACUGGAGCUCAAAAAUGGGAGGUUUCCAUACAAUUCAAUGUUGAACAGCUAUGA